CGAGCGCGGGCGCGAGCGGACGCACAGCCCAGGCAGCGGGCAGCCGGGGUUAUCUGAGCCGCUCGGUCUUGGGUGGCUGCGCCCAGAUCUGGGGGCAGCGGCGGCACAGGCGAGACGCGCUGUCGGGCCGCGGCGGAGCCGAGAAGCGAGACCCAGGCCCGGACGGCAGCGGCGGGGCGCAGAGCAUGGAACAGCGCACGGGCCGUGCAGUCCUGAAGUUGAGUUUGAGAGGCGACACGGCGGCGGCGGCCGCGCUGCUCCCGCUCCUCUGCCUCCCCAUGGAUAUGCACUGCAAAGCAGACCCCUUCUCCGCGAUGCACCCAGGGCACGGGGGUGUGAACCAGCUCGGGGGGGUGUUUGUGAACGGCCGGCCCCUGCCCGACGUGGUGAGGCAGCGCAUCGUGGAGCUGGCCCACCAGGGGGUGCGGCCUUGCGACAUAUCCCGGCAGCUGCGGGUCAGCCACGGCUGUGUCAGCAAAAUCCUGGGCAGGUACUAUGAGACCGGCAGCAUCAAGCCCGGAGUGAUUGGAGGUUCCAAGCCCAAAGUGGCGACGCCCAAAGUGGUGGACAAGAUUGCUGAAUACAAGCGACAGAACCCCACCAUGUUCGCCUGGGAGAUCCGAGACCGGCUCCUGGCUGAGGGCAUCUGCGACAAUGACACCGUGCCCAGCGUCUCUUCCAUCAACAGGAUCAUCCGGACCAAAGUUCAGCAGCCUUUCCACCCAACGCCGGAUGGGGCUGGGACAGGAGUGACUGCCCCCGGCCACACCAUUGUUCCCAGUACGGCCUCCCCUCCUGUUUCCAGCGCCUCCAAUGAUCCAGUGGGAUCCUACUCCAUCAAUGGGAUCCUGGGGAUCCCUCGCUCCAAUGGUGAGAAGAGGAAACGUGAUGAAGUCGAGGUAUACACUGAUCCUGCCCACAUUAGAGGAGGUGGAGGUUUGCAUCUGGUCUGGACUUUAAGAGAUGUGUCCGAGGGCUCGGUCCCCAAUGGAGACUCCCAGAGUGGCGUGGACAGUUUGCGGAAGCACUUGCGAGCGGACACCUUCACCCAGCAGCAGCUGGAAGCUUUGGAUCGGGUCUUUGAGCGUCCUUCCUACCCCGACGUCUUCCAGGCAUCAGAGCACAUCAAAUCAGAACAGGGGAAUGAGUACUCCCUCCCAGCCCUGACCCCCGGGCUUGAUGAAGUCAAGUCGAGUCUAUCUGCAUCCGCCAACCCCGAGCUGGGCAGCAACGUGUCAGGCACGCAGACAUACCCUGUUGUGACCGGUCGUGACAUGGCGAGCACCACUCUGCCUGGUUACCCCCCUCAUGUGCCCCCCACUGGCCAGGGAAGCUACCCCACCUCCACCCUGGCAGGAAUGGUGCCUGGGAGCGAGUUCUCCGGCAACCCGUACAGCCACCCCCAGUACACCGCCUACAACGAGGCUUGGAGAUUCAGCAACCCCGCCUUACUAAGUUCCCCUUAUUAUUAUAGUGCCGCCCCCCGGGGCUCCGCCCCUGCCGCUGCUGCCGCUGCCUAUGACCGCCACUAGUUACCGCGGGGACCACAUCAAGCUUCAGGCCGACAGCUUCGGCCUCCACAUCGUCCCCGUCUGACCGCCCACCCCGGAGGGAGGGAGCACCGACGCCACGCGAUGCCUCCCGGCCACCGCCCCAGCCCCACCCCCAUCCCAGGAACCCUGCAGCCCUUCACACCACCCAGUCGAAGGCCGGACAGGACUGGUGGAGCCGCGGGCGGGACCCUCAGGCCCGGGCCCGCCGCCCCCAACCCCGCCCGCCGCCCCUCCCCGCCUGCCUGGACUGCGCGGCGUCGAGAGGAGGGCGCGCCCCAGCUCGCUCCGGCUAGGCCCGAGCCCGCCCCGGAGCGGACCAGCCACACCGCCCGACCCUGGCCGGGCCCGCCGCUGCGCGCGGGGGACACGUUUCUGUGACACACAAUCAGCGCGGACUGCAGCGCGGCCCAGCCCGGGCGCAGCCCGCCUCAGACGCUCCGGCGCCGGGAGGCUUUGCUGGAGGGACUGGGCGAAGGAAAUUAAGAACGAAACGAUUUUCUGCAGAAGGAGGAAGAGCCCCCUGCCGAACCCUCGGGGAAGAGCCCUUACCCUAGCGCUAGCCGGACUGCCCCCACCUUCCGAGUGUGCCCUGCCCCAGGAGGUGGCAUGGAAUGGGGGCGUGGGGUCAUCAGGUCUUUCCGAAGUUGGGACCCAAGGCACGCAGGCCCCAGCAGCGCGCACCCACCGAGCCCUAGUAGGGAAGCCCUUGGCUCUUCCCUACUCCACCUGAACUGCCUGGUUCCCUAAGGUCCAGACACUCCUACUAGUGACCGGACUCUCAGCCCCACCUUGCCCCUACCUCAGCGUCUUUUCCAUCAGCCGACCUCCCAUUCUCCCCUCCUGCCGGUCCUUUUCCCAUCCCACGACCCUCCGCAUCUCUCCUCCUUAACUCCUCGCCCCUUCGGAGGCUCUCCAGUCCGCAGGACCAGUUUCCGUAGGCCUCGGGCACUGGUCUUGCCCAGCGGCUACUGGAUGUCCCCUCCCCCGACACAGACUCGCGAUCUGCCCGUAGUAGGAGCCGGUUCUGAGCUGGUGUCUGGGGCGGGGUGGAAAUGGGGGCUGCCCAGUCCAACCCCCCCCCCUCACGACCCCCAGCCUCCUCUUCCGGCAGGAACUGAACAGAACCGUGAAAAGUCUACAUUUAUUUAAUAUGAUGGUCUUUGCAAAAAGGAAAAACAAAACAGAAACUCAACAGGAUGCUGCUUUGUAGAAAGACGGUGUGUGUCGUGUGAAGGCGAACCCCUGUGUAUAUAAGCCCGCCCCACCGCCCCGCCCCGCCCGGUAGAGUCCCCGCUGCCCGCCAGCCCUGCCUGUAGAUACGCCCCUCUGUCUGUGCUGUGAGAGUCGCCGCUCGCUGGGGGGGAGGGGGGGACACAGCUACACGCCCACUAAAGCACAGCACGUCCUGGGGGAGGGGGGCAUUUUUUAUGUUACAAAAAAAAUUACGAAAGAAAAGAAAUCUCUAUGCAAAACGACGAACAUGGUCCUGUGGACUCCUCUCGCCUCUGUUUCGUUGGCUAUUUCUCUGUAAUUCCGUGUUCUCGCUCUCCUCGUCUCUCCGCAUCUCUCCCCUCUCUCCAUCUCUCUCUGCCCCGCUUCUCUCCCCCUCUGUCUCUGUCUCUCCGUCUCUGCCCCUCCCUCGGCCUCUCCCCCAGCCCAGCCCAGGCCGCCUGGCCCACGCAGGCCGGCUCUCAGGCGGCAGCUCCAGCCCCCGGGGCUCGCCGCUCCGGCCGGGCACCGUGGCGCCCUGGGCCGCCGGCGGCCGGGCCGCCCCGCCCCGUAGUUGCUCUCUCGGUAGCGGCGAUGCGCCCUGCAUGUCUCCUCACCCGUGGAUCGUGACGACUCGAAAUAACAGAAACAAAGUCAAUAAAAGUGAAAAUAAAUAAAUAAAUAAAUAAAUAUCCUUGAACAAA